CCCACUGACAAACCCAGCCUGGCAGCCUCUCCCCAGCCAGACUGGUUAUUGCUCCAGAGGCUCUUACUCAUUUGAAUUUAGGAGGAGCUGCCUCUCUCCCUCCUUCUCUCCCUCCCAUGUGUGUCCCGAUUAAAAAGCUUUUCUCAGACACCUGCAGACCGGCUGGCAGGUACGGGUGCUCACGUAGCUCAGCUGGGUUGGUAGCAGAGACAUCUCUCCUCGCCCCGCCAGCCUCCUGCGGCCCUGCACGAUGGUGAAGUACGGCCUUGACUACACGCGGUGCAGAUGGAUCCUACCCCUGCUCCUGGGCAUCGGCGUCAUCUUCGGCAUCAUCGCGCUGGCGGGCAGGGGCUGGCUGGAGUCACAGACCUUGCCCUACAUGCACCAAGCGUCACUAUGGGAGAGCUGCAGGAAGGCUUUCGAGGGUGGGGAAUGGAGGUGCGAGUCCCUCAUGGGUUACGCUUGGGGAAGAGCUGCAGCCGCCACAUACCUUGUUGGAUUUAUACUCCUCGUUAUCUGUUUUGCUCUGGCCAUCAUAGCAUUUGCCAUUGAUACGCUUCGGUUCAACUUCAUAAGAGGGAUUGGAGGCUUGCUUUUUGUUGCUGCUGUGUUCUCCAUCAUGGGCUUGGUCAUUUACCCAGUAAAGUUCUCCAGUGAAAUUGAAAUGACAGGAAUCAAUAUGUUCAGCUGGGCCUACGGCUUUGGCUGGACCACUGCCAUUAUGGAAAUAUGCUUGGGAUUCUUCUUCUGCUGCCUUCCUAACUAUGAAGACCAAAUCUUGGGUAAUGUGAAGCCCACAUAUUUUUACUCUUCCCCAUAAACACCAGGAAAAAUGAAUUCAUAUUCCAGAGAUAUCUGACAGGCUAUCUACGUUUUUCAGAAUAUUGUCAUCAGAUGCUGGUAGAAAAGUCUGGAAACUUUAAAAUACAUGUAGAAAAACAGUACUGGCAUUUUACAAUAAAGUUAUCUACUCUUUUGUGGACCUU